AUGGCUCGUACAGAUAAAGAAGCUUUAGCGUUAGUGUUGGAUGUUAGCCAAGGUAUGGCUAAUGCACCACCUGGAUUUGAUACUCCACUGCAAGUGGCUGUUGAUAUAUUACAAAUGAUCGUUCAAAGAAAGAUGUUUCAAGAAAGCAAAGAUGAAGUUGCACUAGUGUUAUAUGGUUCAGAAGAAACAAAAAAUGAUCUCGCUGAAGAUGGUGAUUAUGAUAAUGUCAGCAUCGUUUUCCCAUUAGGUGUAGCUAAUUGGAAUUUAUUUGAUGAAAUUCAGAAAAUAAAACCCGGUGUAGCACAUGCCGAUUUGGUUGAUGCGAUUGUUGUUGCUGCUGAUCAUAUUAAAAGUCAGACAGAUGGUAAAAAAGGUUUCCAGGCCAAACGAGUGUUAUUAUUUACAAAUGCAUCAACACCAUUCAGUGACAAUAAUUUGGCUGUAAUAACACAACAAAUGAAGAAUUUUGAUAUAACAUUAGAUGCAAUUGGUCCAACAUGGGAUGAAGAAGAUAGAUCAACAUCACCGGAGCCAGAUGGUGAAGUUCCAACCGAUGCUAUGGAUCUUGACAGACCACAACAAUCAAAUACAACAAAUGAAGCAUCAGCAUCAGCAACAGCUCCAACUACAAAUGGACAUGGAACUGAAUCUAAACAAAAAUUUCGUAGUCCAAAAAAACCAUUGACACCACAACAAAAAACCGGUAUUAGGGUUAUAACAAAUAUAGCCAAUGAAACAGAUGGAUCAAUGUACACAUUUCGAGAAGCAUUGAUGAUUCUAAGUACACAUCAAUCCAAAACUGUGAAACCAACGGCAACAAAAUAUAUAUUGGAAUUUCUUGAUAUAAAAAUACCAAUAUGUACAUAUAUCCAGGUCAAAGAUAAUAAACCACAAAUAUUUCGCUUGAAAAAAGUUUUUGCACGUGAACCAAAAAUUGAAAUUAAAACUGAUCGUGGCCGUUAUACGAAAGAUGAAGUUGAUCAAGAAAUUGAAAAAGAAGAGAUAAUCGAUGGUUAUCGUUAUGGCUCGACAUUUGUUCCCAUAUCAAAAGAAGAUUCAGAUGAAAUGAAAUAUCAAUCUGAAAAAUGUUUUCAAAUAAUUGGUUUUACUUCUUCUAGUAAUGUACAACGAAGUUAUUUUCUUGGUGAUACAGUUUAUGAAGUGAUUGCUGAACGUGGCUAUGAAGCAUCUGAAACAGCAUUCGUUGCAUUAGUUCAAGCAUUGUACGACACUGAUACCGUUGCAAUAAUUCGGAAAUGUUUCAGUUCAAGAAGUGCUCCUGAAAUUGGUUUUGUUCGACCGCAUAUUUUACAUGAUCAUAUUUGUUUAUUUUACAUUAAAUUACCGUUUUCUGAAGAUAUGCGCCUAUUCGAAUUUGACACAUUAGAUGGUUUUAAACGUAAUCAACCAACAGACGAUCAAUUAAAAGCCGUCGAUAAUUUAAUAACAUCGAUGGAUCUUACGCAUGCUGAAACUGGUGAAAAUGGUCCAGACGAAGCUCUUAAACCUGAACUUAUAUUUAAUCCGUAUAUACAACGAAUGUUUCAGUCAAUUGCACGACGUGCUGUGCAACCGGACGAACCAUUAUCAUUUUCAAAUACAAUUCUAGAAAAUUAUGAACAAUCUUGUCGUAAUGUGGCUGUGAAUAGUCGAAAAACUCUUGAACAAUUGAAUAAGCAAUUUUUAUUAAAAGUUACUGAACGUAAAGCUAAAAUGACUACUGGUGAAGCUCUAUUUGGAACUGAUGAUGUUAAAAAACCUGUCGGUGAUGAAAAAGAAAAUAUUGUUACUAAUGAUGGUCUUGAAAGUGAUAAAGUAAAUAUGGAGGCAAUGGCAACAAAAAAGAAAUUAACAAUAAAACAAAUUGGUAGUGUGACACCAAUGGAAGAUUUUAAAACAAUUAUUGAAAGUCAAUCAUUACCAUUCGAGGAAGCAUGUAGACAAUUGCGUGAUCAAAUAACAGAUUUAAUUCAAAAUUCGUUUGGUGAUGCAUUCUAUUUGAAAGCAUUAGCUUGUUUAAUUGGUCUAAGAGAAACGUGUAUUCAAAAACUGGAACCAAAUGUGUAUAAUGAUUUCAUUCGAAAUUUAAAAAAAUGGUUACAGACAAUAGCACGUAAAGAUUUUUGGGAUAAAAUUGUUCAAGAAAAACUGACCAUUAUUUCAAGCAAUGAAUGUAUCGAAUCGAAUGUAUUUCCAGCUGAAGCUGAAUCAUUUCUUGCCGAAGAUACACCUGAAGAUACAGCAAACAAACCCGGAACGAUAGAUCAAGCUGAAAAUGAAGAAGAUUUGCUUGAUUUAAUAUAG